GCAUUGGGUGACAAGGAUUAUACGAGUAAUUUGAAGCUAUUUGAUGUACCUGUCUCGGAGAUUAUGGCGAGCUUUGCUGAGCCUGAUGUCUAUCCUACUGCAACCCGGCUACGACUGGGGGGCGCGGUCCUUGGCCCACGAUUUAGGAUCCUGAAUGAGUUGCUCGAGUACAAGGACAAACAAACUGAUGGGCCUUGGUUGGUGUAUUUGCCCUCCCCAAGGAGUCGUGCCUGGGCUCUUUAUCGAUACCAUAGCAACCCCUUACUUGGUGGGCAUCGAGGGUCUCCAAGAGCGAUCUCUGCCGCAAAGGCGGAUGGAUAUUGGUGGCCGACAAUUUCGAAGGAUAUGAACCGCUGGAUCAAGCAUUGCCCUAACUGUCAAUUGGGGAAGUGGUAUGAACCCUUCAACCCUCAACCCCUUGUAUUCCGCCGAGGCAUGACUAGGUUUAGCGCUUUGCAAUUGGAUUUUAUGGGACCUAUGGACAGUUUUGUCCGUGCUAACCAACCUGCUUGCCCGGGCAAUAAUAU